UUCUUAAACAUGUAUAAGUGUAGUUUGUGUGAGAAAUCAUUCUCUACAAGCUCUAAUCUUAAUAGACAUUUAAAAGUCCACCAAGGUAUUAGGUUUGCAUGCGGAGAAUGUGAUUAUGACUUUAAGUAUCAAGGGAAUCUAUCCAGACACUGCAUUGCCAAACACGCUGGUGCGGGGCGAAGCGGGCAUCCAGGAAAUCCUCUUCAACAAAGGGCAUCGGUUAUUCAGCACACAUCACACAUGCCUUCAACAUCUGGUUUAGGUCGACAGGCAGAACAACAGUUUUGGGGAAGCGCAGACGACGAAACAUUUGUCCAAGCCGAAAAUAAUAUGGCGUCAACUUCAAGAGUUCCUACAGGUGUAGAUAAAAGAUCGUUCGAAGAACUGUGUGACAGCGAAGGCGAUGAGGCAUGCUUGCAGGCUCUUGAUAGUAUAACGGUCAACAGAGAAAACAACGCAAAUAAUAAACGGUUGAAAAGUCACCGUUUAGCUGCAGUAACGAGAGAAGGUUUCGUUUUGACCACCACAGGGUUUAGAGGUUUAUGUAAAGCCUAUUAUAAGAAAAAUUUUAAUCAAUUAGCGGACUAUGAAUCUUUCUUGGCUGAAACCAAACCUCAACUAAUCGAACUUCUUACAACACUCGUUGCUGAAAAUGCAAUCAAAUAUACGUUGAAACUUGAGUCAACGUACAAAAUCCCAUCCACCGAGGUUCUUGAAAACCGGGCUUUCAAGACGUGUGCGAGGACAUUGCUACCUGAGACCAUCAUUGAAGACCAAAUAACUGAUGACUUUAACAAAUUAUUAGUUGAAGAAGAAGACAUGGCUGGCAAAGGAUCGGGGUUUUCUCUGGAAAAGAUUGAUGGCAUAUUAGUAGAUGUGUUUCAAUAUUCGCCUUUCGGCGGCGCAUCCUAA